AAAACAACAAAUCCCACAGUCCUUUGCGCCGCAAUCACAGGCGUGACAAGCCACGGUAAAUGUCCGUGUGUAGGCGAGUCACGUGUGGAGAGUCCGUUGAUCUCGUUUCGUGUAAGCAGUGAAUCUCUCCUGUUUGUUCAUUUGAUUUGGGCCUCAUUUCAUGUUGUUUUGAAAACAACAUUUCGUGUAAAUUCAUCUAUCUUGGCCGAAGAAUGAGCGACAACGAUGAUAUCGAGGUCGAUAGUGAUGCAGACAAACGGGCACAUCACAAUGCGCUGGAGCGCAAACGUAGGGACCACAUCAAAGACAGCUUUCACAGCCUUCGGGAUUCCGUUCCCGCCUUGCAAGGGGAAAAGCAAUCUAUCAAACAGGCAUCCCGAGCCCAAAUCCUAGACAAAGCCACAGAGUACAUUCAGUACAUGCGACGAAAAAACCACACACACCAGCAGGACAUCGACGACCUGAAGAGGCAGAACGCUCUGUUGGAGCAACAAGUACGGGCACUGGAGAAAGUCAAGGGGACCACACAGCUGCAGGCCAACUACUCCUCUUCAGACAGCAGCCUGUACACCAACCCCAAGGGCAGCGCUGUAUCGGCCUUCGACGGUGGUUCUGACUCGAGCUCGGAGUCUGAGCCGGAGGAACAGCGUUCCCGGAAGAAGCCCCGUGGGGAGGACAGCUAAACAGCGGAUUCUCGGCCUGCUCUACAAAGUUCUCCUCUGAGGGGAGGGAGAGUUACAGCAAUGGUCUGUUUCUUGUUGUUUUUUGUGUACCUCAAUCGCCCCAAACCACCUUGAUCAAUCUCUUUCAGUGAAUGUCAACCCUUGAUUCCACACCUGAAGAAACCUCUGCCAGGUUUUCAAGAGAGAGGGACGCCUGAUACGGGAAGAACACUCACAGAAAACGGCUUGUUUUUACUCUCCCUCCCUCUCCGACUCGGUUUGUCCAUCUUGUGUCCUGGCACAUGCAACAACAAAUGAUGAUUUAAACCCAAAAUGAGGCAGCUUUGCAACUUUUUGUUUUGUUCCCUUGUCUGCAAUCCCUCCAGGUGGAUAUCCAAAGGGUUGAAUGAGGCGUACGGCUCCUAGCACUGCUAAAAUAUACUUUUUUGUUGUUGAAUAUCUUAAAGCCUGCUUAGAACUUACCCUUAGCUGAAUUGUCCCGAGUGGUUUGCCUUUCUAAAUAUUUGUUACUUUUCCAUAAAGGAAUGUUUUUGAAGCAUCUAUCAGUGUACCUCUUGUUAGACCUAGGGGAUGAGUGAUACGUUUUGACGUUAUCGAUAAAAUCCCUUAUUUAAAAAAUACAAAAAACUAAAAAAUGCUUUAUGGGAAGGCUGCUGAGCUUGUGUUGUAUUUGUUGUUUUAGCCUGAUGUAGUAAAGUUUACAGGUUGGGGAAAAAAAAGAUUUUCUUUUAAAACAAGGGGGAUAAAAAUAAGUGAUGAAGCAUAUAUUUUGCAUCUGAGCCUCCCAAACAUGUUUUUUUAUGUAUUUCACUCCAUAUUGGGAAUAUAAACGUUUUAAAUGAUUCCCCCCCCCACAAAGCUAGUCAUUCUUGAAAGAGUAGAUUCAUGUCAUGACUUUAAAAGAUAAAUGUUCUAAAUGUUCAUCGGAAAUUUGAACGCUGCACACCACAAAAAUUGCAUUUUGAGUGUAUAGGAGACAUGAGUGUGUGUGUGUGCGCCCACACGUGUAUCUUUUACCAUAUUUUCCACUUAGUACAUUAGUAAACUGAGCAGGUCUUUUUUUGUUUCCAUUCCAUGGAAAUUACAGGUAUGUUGUACAUACUGCCAACAGUUGUCUUGCAAGUUGAGGCCUACCUUUACAAUAAGAAUAUAAAUAAAACUAUUUUAUCCUUUA